UUUUUUCUUAAUCUUGCCAUUGCUGACUGCCUUCUUCCAGGACGAAAACUCCACUUGUCGAUGGUGACGACACGUCAGCGUCCGGAGGCAUUUGCCUGGAGCCCAACAGGCAUCGACUUUAAGGGUGCGAUUGUUGGUGAUUAUGCUCACUAUUUCGACCCAAAUGCCACAAAUAAUCAAUCUCGACUCGAAUUUCUUACUAUUGAAGACAUCCUACGAAAGCCUACUGAGGAUUCUUCCUUGCAACAUAGCGUGCCCUGCGAAUAUAGGUUCAAUGAGCUCUCAUGGUCUCCGCUGAAGACUGACUCUCACCCAUCCGGUCUAAUUUUUGGAGGAACAGAAAAUGGCACAGUCGUAUUUUUUGAUGCUCAAGCUUUUGUUACUAAUAAGUCUCUUUCCGUGGUAUCCUCCAGACGUGACCAUCAGGGCCAUGUCUUGUCUGUGGAUCAUUCUGCUGACAACAGAUGGGCCAUUUCCGUUGGUGGAGCAGCACAAUUGCUACUUUGGGACUUGAACAAUCUAGCCACGCCAUUUUCUCCCGGAGUUUCAAACUUCACCGAUCAGGUGAAGAAGGUGAGAUGGAAUCGCUCCAUGGAUAACAUUUUGGUGUCGCUGUCGGCACAUCGUGGCAGUUUAUGGGAUAUGCGGAGACCUGGAGGACCUGUAUUGGAAUUCGCUGAGAUUGGCAGCGGAUGUGACUGGGCAGACAUUUGCUGGAAACCUGGCGAUUCUUCCACGAUGAUUCUGUGCAAUCAGCUGGCAGCAACACCUGGCAUUCAGAAAUGGGAUUUGCGAUAUCCUACAGCACCAGUGGGCGAGUUCUAUAUCCAUGAUCGAGGAGUGACUGCUAUGGAUUGGCAUCAAAAAGAUCCGCGUCUUGUGGUAUCCGCAGGUAACGACGGUUUCAUAAGGGUCUUCAACGCAGAAACGGGUGAAGUACAAGGAGCUGUUCAACUACAGCAACAGAAUGACAAAGUGCGACGGGUAUCAUGGUCGCAAGCACGUCCGGAUCUCGUAGCAAUACAGUACUAUCAGCAUCCCACUGAAUUCUUCUCUAUUGAAGGCGGUAGUGAGGAAUCCACAGUAGGACGGUUAGAUGUAAAUGUGGUCCCGACGUGGGUAAGCGCAGCACCUGUGGGCGCAUCGUUUUCCGCCGGAGGAAGAAUGGCUGCGCAUGGCAAGUAUUGGGACGAAGCAACUAAAACUUGGCGAUUUACUGUAGAAGUGAAAAAGCUACCAGUAGAUGAAGCAGUAUAUCAGUCUGCUAUGGAACUACAAAAUGCAUGCGAUUCCAAUACAUUGGGUUCUUACUGCGAAGACAGAGCUCAUGCCACGGAAGAUCGUAACCUGCAGACGCUAUGGACAUUCCUAGCAGCGCUGAGUAAUAAACAAGGACGUCGAGAAUUUGUGCGCAUUCUGGGCUAUGGCUCAGAAGAUGCAGUUUCGAAGCAAUCUAGAGUUUCUCAGACAUCGGUAACGUCUAACGAAGUCACUCAACUUACUAACAUCAUGUCAUCGGUGAACUGCUCUUCGCCUCGGCAGAACGGUCAUGAUGCUGAGUCGGUUUCUGACGAUUCGAAUGCUGAAAUUUUUGCCAAGCAACCGAAUCUCGAUUGGAAUCGCUUAGAUGCGAAUGCAUGGUCUUUGCUGGACAGUUUGAUUGACCAAGGCGAAGAAGUGGUUAUUGACAGCCUCCUCGACAAGAAAGAUUAUGCAACAGCGUUUAUGCUAGCAAGGGAUAGUUCGAGCUUGACCCGACAUGUGGCAGAGAGAUAUAUUAGUGAGGAACUAGCUGCACCUCAACGGUUACUGUCGCUGAUCGCCACUGACAACUUUGAUCAACUUCUGGAAACUUUCCCUCGUGAUCAGUGGACGAGAUUACUUGCACUUGUGCUAAUGCGAGCUGACCGUGCACGUCUCGUUCAUACUAUGCGCAAAAUCGCUACGCGUUGGAUCGGAGAGGGAGGCCCAGAAGCUGUCCAUGCUGCGUUGCCAGCAGUGCUUGCUAGUGAUACUGAGCUUUUGUUAUCCGCCAAUCGUGGUUAUGCCUUAGAGGAGCGGAUCAAGCAGGCCAUAGUUUUGCAAAAAGUGACGGGUACCGAAGUGGAUGCUGAAUAUGAAAAGCUUUUGCACAGCUACUGCGAAAAGCUAAUAGAUGGAGGAGUAACGGAUGCAGCUUGGAGACUGCUGAGCAAUUUUAAAACGAAUGACGAGCGUCUACUGACCCUUCGCCACGACCUUUUCGUUAUAUGUGGAGGAGAAGAACGCACAAUGAGCAAAGAACCAGCUUUUCCUCGUUCAAAGCAAACGCAAGAAAUCGCCAACGCAUUAUCUCCAAGGCGCACUCAACAAAGGAACUCUGUCUUUGCACCAUCGAAUGCCCCCGCUGCCUCAUACUAUGCGUCCUCACAACAAAGGCAGUCCGCUGCCAUGCAGCAUCCAGGAAUGCCACCGUUACCUACUGGACCUACUGGACCACAGUAUUCCAGCUCAUCCUACAGUGGCUACGCUCCCACUCCUCCACCAUCUGUUCCUGGAAUGCCACCACUUCCUGGAUAUCCACCCACAUCGAUGCAGUCUAUGUAUAGUCAAGCACCUGCAGUACCCGGGUUCAACCCAGUUCCCACACCUAUUGCUCCGCCACCGGUGGCACCAGUGGCUCCAAUGGCGCCAGCACCGCCGAUGCCACCCGCAGCCGCUCCCAGCUCUUACAGCAGUUACACGCAGUAUUCGCAAUCGGGUAUCCCUACUCAGACCAGGACCAUGACUCCACUACAAAGCUAUGCUCAUCAUUUGCAAGAGCGUCCUAUGUCUACUGUCUCAGUGGCGUCCAGUGGUGGCAAUUAUAAUGACGUUGGGAACUUCACACCCGGUUGGAACGAUCCGCCACCGUUACCGGGCAAAAAGUCGCCUAACCCAGUUGCAAAUGUCAUGGAGGUGAAUUGGAAACCUCUGGAAGCAGCGCCAGUGACUUUGCCCAAUGGACUUCCAGGUGUGCCCAGUGCGGCACCCAUGAGACCACCAUCUACAGCUCCUUCAGUUCAUCAUCAUGAACCUCAACAUAUACCACAAGUAAGUUUAUCGGCAGAAGAUCAAGCAAUAAUGAAUCGAUUCUACCAGUUGAUUGAGGCAGUUGUAUCAGUAAAUCGGACGCCGGUUGCUCUGCAUAAAGCUGAGGAAGCAAGAACCCGUCUGGCUUGCGAGUUGGCACCGAGACUAGCUAGUGGAAGGUUAACCAUGGGUACACGGCAGUUGUUAUGGCAAACUUGUGAACAAGCUUCUAGAGGGGAUUACCGAGGGGCUGUAGCCACUUGUGGGCAUAUGGUUCGAUCCGGUGGAGACUUCGUAGAGGUUUCCGCAUUUCUGCCGGCGCUAAAGUCAUUGUUUUUGCUGGCGCAAUCGACAUUUUCUAGAUGAAAUUUUUUGCUGGUCUUUGGGUGCCAAAGAAUUUAUCCACUAGAUAUUUAAUAAUCAACAAAUGUGAUAAGGAUUGUUAUAUGCAUACUAAAUGCUCUGAAUUGUUGAAAUAGUGAAGAUUUUUACUUGUUAAUUGUAUAUUGCUUUGUCUGCUUUCGAACUAUUCAUUCGUCUGUGGUUUUUUUUCUAAUCUCUAAGUCGAUCUAUAAUCGUGGGGAGUUCUACGUGUGAAAGUGUCUUGCAUCCCAAACAUAUUGCUUUCAGCCGUUUUUGUCAAUAAAUUGAUAAGUG